GACAACAGAACCAGAAGGAGAGAGAUGAAAAUCCAAUCGAUUCGUGCGUGUUAGUCUAUAAAUAAACCCCUCCCCAUGGCUAAACUCAAACGACAUCUCAACGCCUCAUAGUUAGUAGUAGUAGUAGCUUCCGAUCUCCUCCACGGCCACGGCCAUGGCGAAGCCUCGCAAGCCCAAGAACACCGCCAACGAUGACGCCAACUCCAAGCCCGACAACUUCGGUGCCGUCGUCCGUCACCAGAAGCUCUGCCUCUCCCUCGACCUCGACAAUCGUCGCAUCUACGGGUACUCCGAAUUGGAGAUUGCUGUCCCAGAAAUCGGUAUUGUAGGGUUACACGCCGAGAAUUUGGGGAUUGAGAGUGUUCUUGUCGACGGCGAGCCUACGGAGUUUGAGUAUUAUCCACAUACUUAUCAUAAUGUGGAGAGCGAGAACAGGUGGAGCUCCAUGAUGACGCCGAGCUCUGCGGCCGCCAUUGCUGGCGCGAUGUAUGUAUCAGCUUUGGAGAGGGAAUUGAUGCCGAGUUUGCUGAUAAAUUGCUGCAAAGGAUUCAAGACUGUAAAUGAACAGCAAGAGCAGGUGGUUUCAGAGAAUGGGUUGCCGCAAUCCUCUGGAGAAAGCAAGCAGAAUGUGAGACUGGUUCGCGUUAACUAUUGGGUAGAGAAAGCAGAGACAGGGAUUCACUUUGAUGGUAACGUGCUUCAUACCGAUAACCAAAUAAGACGAGCUCGGUGCUGGUUCCCUUGUAUAGAUGACACUUCGCAGCGUUGCUGCUAUGAUCUAGAGUUUACUGUUGCACAGAACCUUGUGGCUGUUAGCACGGGAAACUUGUUAUACCAGGUUUUGAGCAAGGAUGAUCCUCCUCGCAAAACAUAUGUCUAUAAAUUAGAUGUUGCAGUUAGUGCUCGGUGGAUAUCUUUGGCAGUUGGACCUUUUGAAAUCCUUCCUGAUCAACAAUUUUCUCUAAUUUCACAUAUGUGUUUACCUGCUAACAUUUCAAAGCUUCGGCAUACUGUAGAAUUUUUCCAUAGUGCAUUCAGCUGUUAUAAGGAUUAUCUAUCUGUAAACUUUCCAUUUGAAUCAUACAAGCAAGUAUUCAUAGAGCCUGAGAUGGCAGUGUCCUCCUUAAGCUUGGGGGCUUCCAUGAGCAUCUUCAGUUCUCAAAUCUUAUUUGAUGAAAAGAUCAUUGAUCAGACGAUAAACACAAGGAUUAAACUUGCUUAUGCCCUUGCAAAACAGUGGUUUGGUGUUUAUAUUACUCCCGAGGCACCGAAUGAUGAGUGGCUGCUGGAUGGUCUUGCUGGUUUUAUGACAGAUUUGUUUAUCAAGAAGUAUUUAGGGAAUAAUGAGGCACGUUACAGGAGAUACAAGGCAAAUUGUGCUGUUUGCAAAGCAGACGAUAGUGGUGCUACUGCUUUAAGCUCCUCCGCCUCUUCUAAGGAUUUAUAUGGUACUCAAUCCAUCGGUCUAUACAGAAAAAUAAGAUCAUGGAAAUCUGUGGCCAUCCUUCAAAUGUUGGAAAAGCAAAUGGGACCCGAGUCAUUCCGAAAAAUUUUGCAGACAAUAGUUUCUCGGGCUCAAGAUAAGACCCGUUCAUUGAGAUCUCUUAGUACAAAGGAGUUUCGGCAUUUUGCUAACAAGGUUGGAAAUCUUGAACGUCCUUUUCUCAAGGAAUUUUUUCCUCGUUGGGUGGAGUCAUGCGGGUGCCCAGUGCUAAGGAUGGGGUUCUCCUAUAAUAAACGAAAGAACAUGGUUGAAUUAGCCGUAUUACGUGGGUGCACUGCUAUCCCAGAUUCAAGUACAUUAGUUGUUAAUAGCAAGCCAGAAUCUGAAAACCGAGAUGAUGUUGGAUGGCCUGGUAUGAUGAGUAUCAGGGUUUAUGAAAUUGAUGGUACAUAUGACCAUCCAGUUCUGCCAAUGGCUGGAGAUACUUGGCAGCUUGUGGAAAUACAAUGCCAUUCAAAACUUGCUGCUAGACGCUUUCAAAAGCCUAAAAAGAGUUCAAAACCUGAUGGUUCUGACGAUUAUGGGGAUGGUACUCCUGCUUUAGAUAUGCGUUCAAGUAUGGAGUCACCCUUAUUAUGGAUGAGGGCAGAUCCAGAAAUGGAAUACCUUGCUGAGAUUCAUUUUAAUCAACCCAUACAGAUGUGGAUUAAUCAGUUAGAGAAGGACAAAGAUGUUAUUGCUCAGGCGCAUGCAAUUGCGAUGCUAGAGGCAUCACCAAAAAUGUCUAUUGUUACUGCUCUGAAUAAUUUCCUCAAUGACUCCAAGGGCUUUUGGAGAGUUCGAAUUGAGGCAGCGUUUGCGUUGGCUAACACAGCAUCUGAGGAGACUGGUUGGGCUGGUUUACUUCACUUGGUGAAAUUUUACAGAAGUCGACGAUUUGAUGCGGAAAUUGGACUUCCCAAGCCAAAUGACUUCCAUGAUUUUGCCGAAUACUUUGUUCUUGAGGCUAUUCCACAUGCGAUAGCUAUGGUCAGAGAUGCCGAUAGGAAAAGCCCAAGAGAGGCUGUUGAGUUUGUUUUACAACUCUUGAAGUACAAUGAUAAUAAUGGCAAUCCUUACUCGGAUGUGUUUUGGCUUGCCGCAUUGAUUCAGUCGGUUGGCGAACUCGAAUUUGGACACCAGAGUAUCAUCCUUUUAACAUCCCUUCUCAAGCGUAUUGAUCGGCUUUUGCAAUUUGACAGGCUGAUGCCUAGUUACAAUGGGAUGUUGACAGUCAGCUGUGUCAGAACUUUGGCCCAGAUUGCGCUGAAGCUUUCAGGAUUCGUUCCUCUUGACCGCGUCUUUGAACUUCUACAGCCGUUUCAGGAUACCAAAGCAAUAUGGCAGGUCCGAAUUGAAGCCAGCAGAGCAUUACUUGAUCUUGAGUUCCAUUGUAGAGGCAUUGAUGCAACAUUGGCAUUGUUCAUAAAAUAUUUGGAGGAAGAACCGUCCUUACGAGGUCAGGUGAAAUUGGGUGUGCACGCCAUGCGAUUAUGUCAGAUAAGAGGUGCAUCUGAUUUUAACGAUGAUAUCAAAAGCCAUACUCUUGUUGCUUUGCUUCGUCUGCUUGAGGGCCAAAUAGCAUACAAUAAUAUAUAUCUUCGUCACUACUUGUUUAGCAUUUUGCAAAUCCUUGGUGGAAGGCCACCAACACUGUACGGAGUUCCAAGGGAUUAUAGACCAUUGCAUAGAGGGGAUAUGGAAGCCUGGCAGGAGCAUAACGUAUUUGCUUCUUUUGUUUCGGAUAAUAAACAACCUUCUGAUGCUCAGAACCUUUCACAUGAUGGUUUCCCUGUUCCAGAAGCUUCCAUGAAUGGUUUGGCUGCCCCAGAAGCUUUCAAGGAUGUUUUCACUGUUCAAAAAGCUUCCAUCAAUGGUUUUCCUGUUCCAGAAGCUUCAGUUGGUUUGGCUGUCCCAGAACCUUCAAGCACAGUAACUUUCAAGGAUGCUUUGGCUGCCCCAGAAUCUUCCAAGGAUGGCUUGGGUGCUCCAGAAUCUUCCAAGGAUGGUUUGGCUGCUCCGGAAGCAUCCAAAGAUGUCGUUGAUGCUCCUGCAUCUUCCAAGGAUGGUUUGGCUGCACCAGCAUCUUCUAAAGAUGGUUUGGCUGCUCCACAAUAUUCUAAGGAUGGCUUGGCUGUUUCAGAAGCUUCCAAGGAUGGUUUGGCCAUUCCUGAGCCUUCCAAGGAAGCAGACACCAUUUCUACCAGUCAUGGACGGAGGAGGCCGGUUGUUAAGAUCAGGAUGAAAAAAUCUACUGCCACUAGUAGAGCAGAAGAGGUUGACAAUCAAGCAGUCAAAAGAUCGCACGGUGAACUUUAUGAAGCUGAUCGAGGUGCUAGCAGUUCAGUUUCUGUGGAUGCACCCAACAGAAAUUUCACGGAAGCUGUGAGCAUUAGCAAUCAAAAUCUUGAAGAAGUCAACUCAUGUUAUGAUCGUGGGUCCCGAAUGACUGCCAGUAUAGGCAGUGCAAAACUUGCCAGCGACGGUGAUGAAUUUGGGAAGGAACUUCAGUGCACUGCUGAUUCGAGCAAAGCUUUUGCACAACCUCAACCAGAUGAUCCAUCAUCAUCUAGCUUCAUCCAGGAUAAUAAUGUAGAUGCCGGUGCACAAAAAUUUGCGAGUCUUCAAGCUCUUUCAGACUCAAGACAUGAACCCAGUCGAUCAUUUGGUGCCGCGGACUCACUUCCUGAUGGAAAAGAAAAGGAGAACAAGAAAAAAGAUAAGGAGAAGAAACGGAAGCGGGAAGACCAUAAAGGACACCGAGAUGAUCCCGAGUAUUUGGAGCGGAAGCGUCUGAAGAAGGAGAAGAGGAAGAAAGAAAAGGAGAUGGCAAAGCUGAUGAAUGUGGCCGAGACCUCUUCUUUUAAUGACCAGCCCAAGUCUUCUGUGGAGUUGACAAACAAGAAAGACGAACUUAAGAUUAAGUCGGCGACGGUGGAGUCAAAACCAAUUGAAUCUGGUAGAUCCAAAGUAGCGAUCGCAGGACCUGAGUCUAGGCCUGAGGCCGCAAAACAAGCACCGGCUGUUGCUCCGAGAUUUCGGAUUAAAAUAAAAAACAGAACUUAACCAAUCAUAGUUCAUGGAUGUUUUACCCUUUUCCAAAAUUUGCUGGAUUCUGAAGUUCUCAGAUUUUCACACUAUUUCCGGCAAUGAUUAGGUACAUAGAGCUAGUGUGAAAGGUACUCUUUGUAUGUGACACUAAAAUGUAUUUUUGAAUGCUCUUUUCAUUGUUAGGAAAGGUACUCUUUGUACGUGACACUGAAAUGUAUUUUUGAAUGCUCUUUUCAUUGUUAAGCCAUUCAGACCAUUUCAGAUGUAAAGAGUCCUUUCCUGAAUCAUUAUCCCUUACCAGGAUUUCUUUUUU